CGUGCCCGGGAACUAUAAAAGAAAACCUCCCUCCCCUCUUUAUUUCUUCACCUCUUGUCUUUCUCUCUCUACUUUCUCUCUCUACGUCGCUGCUCAAAUUUGACGCCUGCUCUAAUCGUCGCUUCAUCUUCCUUAUUACCAAGUUUACCAAGUUUUAGGUCUCACCUUAAAUGGUUAUAGAGCCCUACUAAGCUAGGAUAAUGAGUUCAAACCACCAACUUCAGAACCAUAUGUCUGAUACUGAGGAGUUUGCACAGUUGCUGAGGUCUAUCUCAAACGAUGACAUUUUCCUCUCCCAAAAUGAAGAUGACUUCUCUAAUAUCUGGGGCAGUCAGAUUCCACAACAAGAUGUGCAAUUUGGUCAUGGGGAAAGAUCAGGAGUAAGUAUUGAUGGAAGCUCUUUGAUUCCUUCUGCUAAUUCCUCAUUAUCCGGGGUUCCAUAUUUGUCAGGCAAUGGCCAUGGCAAUGGCAAUAGCAGUAUAGAUUCACUUGCAUCAAACUGUGCAAGAAAUUCAGGUACUUUUAGAGAUCAUCUUCCUUAUCAACAGCAGAACUUCCAAGCAGAACAACUUCACCCAAGAUGGUGUGGAACUGGAAGACAAGGUGACCAGCUUCCCGGUCCAAGUUUGAGGUUACCAGCACAUCAGGCAUCAGUUUCUCCUUACAUGAAUUUCAAAAAACCCCGAUUAGAGAUGACACCGGAUGAGAUGCUGCGUGCAUAUUCUCUGCAACAACAGCAAUCACCUAGUCCUUGUCAAGUCCCUAUGCAGUUGAAAAGUUGUCACCCUGUGGCAGGUACUAGGCUGUAUCAGCAAAAUUUAGGACGAAAUCAGCAGCAGAAUCAGGGUCCUCUGUUUGUUCCACGUCAGAUGCCGGGAGAUGCCCAACAGAAACAGUUAAUUGCUGCUAGUACCAUGAAUGGAAGCAUAUGUGCUCGCCGGCUGAUGUAUUAUCUCUAUCAACAAAGGAAUAGGCCACCUGAUAAUAACAUAGAAUUUUGGAGGAAACUGAUCGGGGAAUACUUCUCUCCUUUAGCUAAGAGAAAGUGGUGCUUUUCCAGGUGUAAUAAGGACUAUAAUGAUCGUUGGAAAUGUGACUUAUGUGGAUCAAAAAAUACAGGGAAAGGAUUUGAGGUAACAUAUGAUCUUCUUCCAAGGAUGAGCCAGAUAAACUUCGCAAGUGGUCUUGUGGAGGAAAUUUUAUAUCUAGAUUCACCUGUUGAAAAAAUACUAUCAAGAGGACACAUGGUGUUGUGGUUUGAUAAAGCCGUAAUUGAGAGUAUCUACAAGAAUUUCCGUGUGGUCCAUGAAGGACAACUUCGCCUUGUAUUUACUACAGACAUGAAGAUUUUCUCUUGGGAGUUCUGUAUCAAUAAUCACGAAGAGCUUGUUUCACGCAAUAUGAUUGCAGCUCAGGUCAAUGAGUUGGUCGAGGAGGUUUCAAAAUUACGAAGCAACAGUGAAUCUGAGGGAAUUCAUGCACAAGGUGUAGCAACAUAUUGCAAUAGAGUCAUGGCUGCUGGGAAAAAACUAGCAGCAAACCUGGAACUUCCUCUUGUUAAUGAUAUAGGUCUUUCCAAACAAUUUGUCCGAAGCUUACAGAUGUGUCAGGUCUUUCAUGCAAUGAAAGAUGUGAUUUCUGAGGGCGCUGACAGCCAAACCAACAACUUCAGUCCCAUAGAGGCUCUGAAUAGACAGCGUCAAGAAGCUGCAAAUGCAAAGCGCAGACAGCUUAUGGAGAGUAGAGUAUAUCAGAUGCUGCAAACACCAAGUGCUGACAAAGAUAACAUUCAGGUGUCUGAUAUUAUGACUCAAACACCAAAUGCCAGACAACAACCCAUGCCUAAUCUGCAGAAUCAUCACCAAAAACUUCUGCAGGAAGAACAGAGGACAACUUUAGACGAACUAUUAGCGCCAUACGAGUGCUCAAAUUCAUCAGCAAAGAACUUUCCAAGUUCAUCCUCUUCUCUACAAGGCCCAACUCCUCAGACCCAAAUAAAUGACCUUCUAGCACAUAUACGUGCUGGCGGAACCUUAGAUAACGGCACCAAUGUUGUUUAUGAUCCAAGCAUUGGUCAACAAGGUGCAGAAUUUGCUGAACUAACCAAGGUUGGUACAAUGGAUCAGGUUGAGGCAAUAAACGCGUCUUUUAAAGGGUUUAACUACUCAUCUGGAAGUAACUCAUCUGCUAAGAUCAUUGCUGAUAACUGUAUGUUGAAGAAAGAUACUAGUUCUGAUGAAGACACCACCUCUGCUGAUGCUGCUGCUCAUCAACGUCUCGAGGAUAAAUAAAUAAUCACCAUCAUUAUUGAUGAAUAAACAUGUAGUCAGAUUAGCUGUUUCAAUAUGAAUUAGUACAGUACAAUUAUGUACUAAUGUGAGUUAUGUUAAUAUGGUUUUUGAUGACUCUUAUGCUUGUUUCUUUAGGGCUCUGUUGUUAAAACUUCAUAGAACGUAUUAUCCGAUUCUUUAGGGCUCUGUUGUUGUUAAUAAUAAUAGUUUUUGUUAUGCA